AUGAAGCGGACGGCGACAAACAGCAGCAGCAACAGCAGCAGCAGCCUCGGCAGCUGUACUGACACCUCGGGUCCCCCACAGAAGGUGCAGUGCCUGGGCAGCAGCAGCAGCAGUAGCAGUAGCAGCAGCAGCAACAGCAGCAACAGCAGCAGCUGCAGCAACAGCACGAGCGUAAGCCGGCAGCCGUCCGUUGUAGAGGGGGGGUGCCCGGUUGCUGCUGCUGCUCCUUCUCAUAGUGCAGGAAGCGCAGCAGCAGCAGCAACAGCAACAGGAGCAGCAGCUGCUGCUGCGCGCAGCAGCAGCAACAGCAACAGCAAGGUUAAGGGCGUCGGUCCUAAAGGAGGGAAGCAGCUUAAUCCAGCUCGCUUCACAGACACCUACGCUUUGCAAUUUCCUAACGCUCUGUCGGCGAAGGCUAUUAUCUGGGCUCGAGAUCCUGUUACUCGCUUCUGGAGACCUUGCAAAAUUAUACAUGCUAGGCCAAAUGCAGAGCGGCGGGCAGCAGCAGCUGCUGCUGCAGCACCUACUACUAUAGGAGCAGCAGCAAGGAAGAAGGGCUCGUUUCCACUGCGGGGUGCUGCAGCAGCAGCGGCUGCUGCUGCUGCCGCUGCUGCAGCAGCACCUGGGCAGCAGCAGCAGCAGUCCCUGGCAGACGGCAGCGCCUCAGCUGAUUCAGCAACAGCUGCAGCUUCCAGCAGCAGCAGCAGCAGCUGGUUUGACGGGAGCGCCUUCGCUGAAGCAGCAACAACCCUUAAACCGAGUGAUUACGAUUACUACGUGCACUUCUUAGGUCUCGACCGACGGUUGGACUGCUGGCGAUGUUGGGCGGAUUUGCGCGAAACGCGUGAAGAAUUGCCUCCGGAUUCGCCGGUAGCAGAUGAAGAAGAAAGCGACGCUGAUGAAGAACAUGCGGGUUUGGAUGAGGAUUACUUGCGAGAGCAUGAGGAGGCAACACGGCUGAAGACAGUGGAGAGGAUUUCGAUUGGCUCGUAUUUAGUAGACUGUUGGUAUUUCUCUCCGUAUCCAGCAGAAGUGCAAGACGUGCCCGUCCUCUUUAUUUGCGAAUUCUGCCUCGCCUUCUUCGUACACGAGAGCGAACUGCAGCGGCAUGCGCUGCUCUGUGAGUGCCGCCACCCUCCAGGAAAUGAAAUUUAUCGCGAUGAUAGGGUUUCAAUGUUUGAGGUGGACGGGACUUACUUUCGGGUGUAUUGCGAGAAUUUGUGUUUUCUCUCCAAGCUGUUUCUAGAUCAUAAAACCCUAAGGUUAGCUGCUGCUGUUGCUGCUGCUGCUGAUGAUGCUGAUGCUGCUGCUGAUGAUGCUGAUGCUGCUGCUGCUGCUGAUGAUGCUGAUGCUGCUGCUGCUGCUGAUGAUGAUGAUGAUGCUGAUGAUGAUGCUGCUGCUGCUGUUGGUGCUGAUGAUCACCAGCGAAAGGGGUACGGCAAGUUUUUGAUUAGUUUUAGUUAUUCAUUGUCUCAACGCGAGAGACGAGCAGGGGGCCCUGAGAGGCCGCUGUCUGACUUAGGCAAGGCAACCUACUUUGCUUACUGGACUGAGCAGCUGCUUAAACUGCUGCAGCCUCCGAAGAAUAGAAUCUCCCUUCAGGAGUUGUCGGAGGCCACAUCAAUUGAAUGUCAGGACGUGGUGGUGUGUUUAGAGAAGCAAGGAGUGCUGCAGAUUAGAGGGGAUUGCUGCUUCUUGCUGCUGCCGCCUGAGAAGGUUCAGGCGCUGCAGCAUUCCAUAGGUAGACCCUCAAGAAGUGUGCAGCAGCAAGCGCUGCAUUGGGUGCCGUAUGAUUACUAUACAGCGCCCUUAGAUACAACGCCGCAGCAGUAA